AUGACGAAGAUUAAGUCAAUCGAAUAUUUCCGAGUCAAGCCCCGUUGGCUAUUUGUGAAAGUCACCGAUGAGGAGGGCCGAUUCGGGUGGGGAGAGGGCACACUUGAAGGCCACUCGCUCGCAGUGGAGGGAGCACUGGAUGAGAUAAUCACACGCAUCAUUGGAUAUGAAGCAGAUGAUAUCGAGCAUGUUUGGCAGACGGUCUGGCGACUAGGAUUCUACCGAGGUGGACCGGUGUUCAUGUCCGCCUUGUCAGGAAUUGAUAUUGCGCUUUGGGACUUAAAAGGACGAAAGCUCAAUGUACCAGUACAUCAGUUGCUGGGUGGAAAGGUACGACAGAAAGUACAGGUGUAUGCAUGGAUCGGGGGUGACCGACCGAGCGACGUGGAGGCUGCAGCAAAAGCUCGAAUUGCCCAAGGCCUCAAGUGCAUCAAAAUGAAUGCAACAGAAGAUGUGAACUGGCUCGACUCACCAGCUGUGCUACAGUCGUGCGUUGAGCGCCUGAAGCAAGUGAAAGCCCUGGGCCUCGAUGCUGGGCUCGAUUUUCACGGUCGCCUGCAUCGACCAAUGGCCAAGCAGCUUGCGAAGGCUCUAGAGCCUUACCAACCCCUGUUCAUCGAGGAGCCCCUGUUAUGUGAACACCCCGAGGCGAUUAAACAGCUCUCCGAGCAGACCACGAUACCCAUUGCGUUCGGAGAGCGCUUAUACACGCGUUGGGACAUCAAGCGAUUUUUGGAAGAUUCAUCAGUGGAUGUGCUGCAACCCGACAUUGCGCAUGCCGGCGGCAUUUCAGAAACAAUGCGAAUCGCGAACAUGGCCGAGACGUAUGAUGUUGCCAUUGCUCCGCACUGUCCACUGGGCCCCAUUGCGCUGGCAGCCUCUCUUCAAGUCGCUGUCUCGAUCCCCAAUUUUGUGAUACAAGAGAUGUCACUGGGUAUGCACUAUAAUGUGGAGGCUGGAGACAUUGACCUCAACAGUUAUCUGAUAGACAAGACUGUCUUUGAUAUAAGCGAGGGCUAUGUGAGUGCUCCUUGCAAGCCCGGGUUGGGAAUUGAUAUCGAUGAGGACUUGGUGCGGAGGAUUAGCAAAGAAACAGAACCUUGGCAACCGAAGGAGUUCUUCGGGCCCGAUGGCUCCAUUCGCGAGUGUCCAGGCAAGACCCCCCCGUCUCCCUGGAUAUUUGCGGUACGAACGACAAUGACUGACCAUCAACAGAGGGACACCAGGAACCAGGAAACGAGAUCACUGAUCGAGAAGCUCGGGCGCAAAGCUAUAAUAUACACCGCCGAUUUAUCUUCCAAAAUAUCAGUGGGGUCUCUGGUUGCCAUGAUUUUGAAAGACGGAUAUGAUAUUGACAUUCUUCUGAAUUGCGCGGGAAUCCAAAGGAGGCACCCCAGCCACCUCUUUCCGCUGGAGGAUUGGGACGAGGUACUGCAAGUAAAUCUCACGACCGUAUUCACUCUGUGCCGGGAUGUCGGUGCCCACAUGCUGACGCGAGAGCCUGAUCAAUCAGGCCACCGCGGGAGUAUCAUCAAUGUUGCUUCCCUCGUGUCAUUUCAAGGGGGGCUAACAGUUCCUGCAUAUGCAGCGGCCAAAGGAGGUAUUGCCCAGCUGACCAAGGCUUUGUCAAAUGAAUGGGCGGCGCAAGGCAUAAACAUCAACGCAAUCGCGCCUGGAUAUAUCGCGACGGAUAUGAACACAGCGUUGAUCCAGGAUGAAGAACGAGCAUCGAGCAUUUUGGCCCGCAUCCCCGCGGGUCGAUGGGGAAACCCAGAUGAUUUCAAGGGAUCCAUUGUAUAUUUGGCCAGUCGAGCGAGUGCAUACGUGAGCGGGGAAGUUUUGACGGUUGAUGGAGGCUGGAUGGGGCGGUGA